AUGGAAUCUAAAGAGAAACAUGUGGGAAAGAAUCCCAACGUGGAAAAUGCCCACCAGGAAAAGGACAGAAAGGAGCAAGAUAGUAAUAAAGGAGAGGCCUUGGCACUCCCUUUGGUAGCCGGUGAAUACUGUGUGCCUAGAGGAAGUUGCAGGGGACCCCGAGUCAGACAGCCCAUCUUACAGUGUAGAUGUGACAUGAUUCAGAGGCUUGGAGAGCCCUAGGCAAGGAUGAGGGAGGAGAAUGUAAGCAGGAUUGGGGUGGAGGUGAGAUUGCUGAUAGAAAACCUGAGGGGAAAGCAAUGGAGUCACAGUCUUCGUGCAGUGAGCACUAACCCUCCUAACGCUGACAACCAUGUUGACUUUUGCCUUAUACCCUGA